AUGGCGCACCUGUGGCAAUCCUCUCACUCUGAGCUCAUGACAGCAAAACCGACAGGGCCCCAGGCCGGCUCAACUAGAUCUUCUGCUGAUAUUUCAAAUUCAGCCCCACCUAAAGACAACAGCGAGUGUAGCAAUUCGAUGAUGUCAAACAUGGCCAAUCUUUCGCUAUCUUCAAGUUGCACAUCCUUUUUAUCGGAGGAAGACGAGCCAAACAAUGAGAGUGGCGUUGAGGCCAAGCAUGUUCCGCUCGUCGAAAAGCUUGUCAACUUGAUGGCAAUACUUCCGGGCUCCAUGAUAGCUUCAAUGCUUCCCGUGGUCAAUCGCUUUUCAUUGCGAACGGUCAACAUUGUAUCUCUUCUUAACAACCCGAUGCUUCGCCAUCGGUUCUUAUUUAGCGUGGAUCUGGUCUUUAAGCCACUGGACACUUCAGAGGACGGUUCUGAUGAAUCCUUCUAUUGGGAAAAGGUCCGGAACGAAAUUGAAUGGCUGUUAAUUUGGCAAGCAAAUGGAGUAAAACCUCCGGAGCUAUAUGAAGAGUAUCACAACAUUCCGCUCAUUUACAUCCCGUUGUUUUUGAACGAGAUGCGGGAAAUCUUGUCUGGAAUUUCUUUUCAGAACCAAGAAAAAUUCCCUGCAUACGAGUUGAUAGAGUCGGAAAAGAUCAUCGGCCUUUUGGAAUACGGACUUCCCAUUCCGUUUUACUCCUUCCUGCCGGCUUUGAUAUCUAAUUUCUACUCUUCUUUCAGGCUUUUGUGUAAAAAGAAUGUUCCAAUUGUUGCUGGGCUUCCCGUUUAUGAGCUGCUCGAUCACAUGCUCAAAAUGGCAUACCAAAUGCCGGAUUCUUCUGACGAGUAUGUUUAUUAUUUAAGAGCCUUCAUGGAGAUCGUCGAAACACUAAAGUUAGAGUCUGUAAACGUCCAUUUGCGAAUACAUCGAAGCGUUUUGAUUGACAUCAUCUCAAAGUAUGAGUAUGAGUGCAUCUCAGGCUCUGCCACACCCAAGCUAUUUACCAUUCUCAAGAACACGCUGAGCGAAAUAAGAAAUGCAAGGGUCGACGAAAUAUUUUACGAAAUGGUGUGGAAAAUCACAAUCUUUCACAUUUCUUUUGCGGACAUUCCAGAAACAUUCCAAGAAGACUUGCUGCUGUUCAAAAAUGCCGAACGCUCUCUAGAUCUAAUUUUACGGAUUUUCAUUUUCCUUCAUUGCCUGAAGGAAAGGACCGCCGUUUUGAACGAUGAAUUCGUCAAGUUUGUUACGACCCCCAAUGGCUUCUUUACAAAGCUACUGACGUCCUCGCUGAGCGAGCAAAAAAGAAACUUUCGAGCUCGCUGCUUUUCCUCGCAAAGGUUCGAGGAUGCCUUGUAUUUGUCUGUUCUUGGGGUUUUGAAAGAAUAUCCGAUCGGAAGCUUUUCGCUCACAGAGCAGGAUAUAAAGGCUGCAAUCUGCAUUUCCCUCACAUACUUUAGUCCCAUCCACCAGUCGAGGCUGUUUGCAAUUAGCAAGCUCAGACUAAAGCCGAUAUUUAUUUCUUUUUUAAGGGGCAAUGACCUUGCGUGUACUAGGAAUGGCCAAAUAACGCAAAGUCUCGAACCGAUCAUCGUCGCUAGCUUUUCUCAACUUAAAGCCGUGGUAACGUACAACUUUAAAACCUUUCACGAAUACUACUCGAGGCUCGUUGAAGAAAUUAAACUCGAUGAAUAA